AUGGCACCAGCCGGAGGCCCGCGGGCCAAGAAGGGCAUUUUGGACCGUCUGGACAGCGGGGAGCUUGUGGUUGGGGACGGCGGCUUUCUCUUCGCUCUGGAGAAGAGAGGGUUUGUGAAGGCAGGGCUGUGGACUCCAGAAGCAGUGGUGGAGCAUCCAAGUGCAGUUCGUCAGCUCCACACAGAAUUCUUGAGAGCAGGAGCUGAUGUCUUGCAGACGUUCACCUUUUCUGCCUCUGAGGACAACAUGGAAAGCAAGUGGGAAGACGUAAAUGCAGCUGCCUGUGACCUCGCCAGGGAAGUGGCUGACGGAGGGGACGCUUUGGUGGCAGGCUGCCUCUGCCAGACAUCGCUGUACAAAUACCACAAGGAUGAAACCAGAAUUAAAAACCUUUUUCGACUACAGCUAGACGUUUUUGUCAGGAAAAAGGUGGACUUCUUGAUUGCAGAGUAUUUUGAGCAUGUGGAAGAAGCUGUGUGGGCUGUGGAAGUCAUGAGGGAAGUGGGCAAACCUGUGGCUGUGACCAUGUGCAUCGGGCCGGAGGGGGACAUGCAUGACGUAACCCCUGGAGAAUGUGCAGUCAAGCUGGCACAGGCAGGGGCAGACAUCCUUGGGGUCAACUGCCGAUUCGGACCCUGGACCAGCCUGCAGACCAUGAAGCUCAUGAAGGAGGGCCUCAGGGAUUCUGGGCAGCAAGCUCAUUUAAUGGUGCAAUGCCUGGGCUUCCACACACCUGACUGUGGCAAGGGAGGGUUUGUGGACCUCCCAGAAUAUCCCUUUGGCCUGGAACCCAGAGUUGCGACCCGAUGGGAUAUUCAAAAAUAUGCCAGAGAGGCCUACAACCUGGGGGUCAGGUACAUUGGCGGCUGCUGCGGAUUUGAGCCCUACCACAUCAGGGCGAUUGCUGAGGAGCUGGCCCCGGAAAGGGGGUUUUUGCCUCUGGCUUCAGAGAAACAUGGCAGCUGGGGCAGUGGUUUGGACAUGCACACCAAACCCUGGAUCAGAGCAAGGGCUAGACGGGAAUACUGGGAGAAUCUGCUGCCAGCUUCAGGCAGACCUUUCUGUCCUUCGCUGUCAAAGCCAGAUGCAUAA